AUGGCUACCAAAAGGCUGGUUGUCGCUGGUGGAAGCGGUUUCUUAGGUUCCAGGAUCUGCAAAUCAGCCGCGGCGCGGGGCUGGUCAGUGACCUCUUUAAGUCGGUCUGGCGAACCGCGGUGGGACACGGUCACUGGUUCCUCGACACGCCCAAGCUGGGCGAGCUCCAUCGAGUGGGCCAAAGCUGAUCUUCUAGCGCCAGAGAGUUACAAGCCGUUCCUGAGCGGCGCUACUGCAGUCGUCCAUUCGAUGGGAAUUCUGCUGGAGGCCGACUACAAGGGUGUGGUACAAGGCCGAGAACCCAUCAUUGGGGGACUUCAGCGGGCAUUCAGCUCAUCCAAGCUUGGAAGCCAAGAUCUAUCAACACGAAAAGAGGGUGAAGCCCUUAAGCCGAAGGAAAGAGAUGGUCAAUUGACCUAUGAGCUUAUGAACAGAGAUUCAGCUAUUGCAUUGGCCCAGGAAUCCUUGAACGAACAUGUACCAGCCUUUGCGUACAUUUCCGCUGCGGCCGGCGCCCCGGUCCUUCCCGCCCGAUAUAUCAGCACCAAGAGGGAAGCCGAAGACGCGAUCGCCUCCACCCUUCCAGAACUUCGGAGUAUCUUCAUUCGACCUGGUUUCCUGUAUGAUUCCAGCCGAAAGUUCACAUUGCCGAUCGCCUUGGGCGGCUUUCUAACAUCAGAGGUCAACACUUUCCUGGGAAACAAGCUUAGGUUCCUUGGUGCGAUGGCCGAGAAGCCGUUGAAAGCCGAUACGGUGGCUGAAGCUGUAGUUGAGGCUUUGGACGAUGAGUCAACAAGAGGAGCAGUGGGAACAAAGCAGAUUGAGGCAUUGGCCACAAAGGCCUGGAGGAAAGCGAUGCUUUAA